UGACGCCCCUCGAACGAGCCUAUCCACGUCAAGCGCGCUCCCGCUCUGGACUGCAACUCCCACAAUGCACCCGGACUCGCCCUUCAACGCUCGCAUGCUAGUCUGACAGCGUGAAAUGUGCAAGUAAACCAGCUCAAAGUCACAGCAGCAGCAUUGAAAGUGGAAUAAAAUGUGUUUAACCAGCUUUCCUGCAAAACGGACGCCCGCAGACGCGCGUGUUGAUUGACGCGAGCUUGUUUUUCUGUGUUAGUGGAUAGUGACUGGCUGCUGUUUAUGUAAGUGGAUGGUGACUGGAGUUUAUCACUUCAUCAUUUGUUUGUUUGUGAGGUUAGUAGUCCAACACUAUGGGAAUGUUUGAGCAGACUGCCUUCAGAUUCCCAUAAAGUCGGUGUUUUUCUCUCGAGAUCUACAACAGGUGUGUCGGACUCAGGAGUGGUGUGAGUGUUUGCGAGCCAACUGCCUGCUGCCGUCUAUGAAUGGAUCAGGUCGGCAUGGGUAAUGCGGUUCAGGAGCGCAAGGGGGCGCUGACACAGGGCGAAGUGCUGCCACGCCCCGCCUCCAGCCAAUCAGAGGGUUUUAAACAGGGUCGGACGGUCUUGAACUCUCUGCUCUCAGGGGCGUUUGCAGGAGCCGUUGCUAAAACUGCCGUCGCUCCGCUGGAUCGAACCAAGAUUAUCUUCCAAGUGUCGUCUAAUAGAUUCUCCGCUAAGGAGGCGUACAGGUUAAUUUACCGCACGUAUCUUAAGGAUGGGUUCUUCAGUCUGUGGAGGGGAAACUCGGCCACUAUGGUGCGCGUCAUUCCGUAUGCUGCCAUCCAGUUCUGCGCCCAUGAACAAUACAAGAGGAUUCUGGGACAGUAUUACGGCUUCCAGGGCAAAGCUUUGCCGCCUGUGCCGCGACUGCUGGCUGGUUCAAUGGCGGGAACCACGGCUGCCACGCUCACAUACCCACUGGACAUGGUCCGCGCACGCAUGGCCGUCACACCCAAAGAAAUGUACAGCAACAUCCUGCACGUGUUCGUCCGUAUCUCUCGUGAGGAGGGGCUGAAGACGAUCUACAGGGGCUUCACUCCCACAAUCCUGGGCGUCGUGCCGUACGCAGGACUCAGUUUCUUCACCUACGAGACGCUGAAGAAGGUUCAUGCAGAGCACACGGGCCGCUCUCAGCCGUACUCGUACGAGCGUCUGGCGUUUGGCGCGUGCGCAGGGCUGAUCGGUCAGUCCGCCUCGUACCCGCUGGACGUGGUGCGCAGACGCAUGCAGACGGCGGGCGUCACCGGACACACCUACGGCACCAUCCUCGGCACCAUGCGCGAGAUCGUGGCGGAAGAGGGCGUGAUCCGCGGCCUCUACAAGGGCCUGAGCAUGAACUGGGUCAAAGGUCCCAUCGCUGUGGGCAUCAGCUUCAUGACCUUCGACCUCUCGCAGAUCCUGCUGCGCAAGUUUCAGCAGUUAGGCUACAAUGUGCGGUAGCAGCGUAGAGACAGGAAGUAAGAAAAGCAGAACAAAUGUUUCUUUUUUAACCUGAGCAUAUGCUGCCAAUGAAGAGGACGGGGAAUGA